AAUUUCAGUCAGAUGAUCAUGGAUCAUUACAGUUGACGUGUUGUUAUUGUUCUUGACAACAUUUAUCUGUUAGUGUUUGCAUUCAAGAAAUUUCCAGCAUGGCAGAAUGCCAGAUCGAGAGAGGUCCUAGAGGAGCAAGACCUCGUCCCCAAAGGCCACCCCCAAUAAACCAAAGCAGGGAUAGCAUAACAGAUAUAAAGUCAUUUCAGAAGUUACAUGAUUCUGCAUUUAAAGCUAUCAACAAAGGGCUUGCUUUGGAUGAGGAAUCAAAUAUCCCACAAGCUUUAUCCAACUACCAGAAAGGACUAGAACAAAUUGGGAAAGGACUGGAAGUAAAUGCAGAACAUUUGAACUGCUCAGAAGAUGAGAAGAAUGAUGUGAAAUUAAUGCAGCAGAAAAUGACAAAAACAAAACUUCAGAUUGAGUAUCGUGUGAAGUCUUUGACUCAAACCAGAAAUGGAUCCAUGGAAGUUGAAGCUCCUCCGUCCUAUGAGGAGUCCAUCUCCUCCCCAGGGUCAGUCUCAGAGGAAGCUUUUAUUUCCUUGGGAGAUUCUAUAAUGGGUGAUCAGUCUUCUGAUGAUACCCUCUCAGCUAAUGCUGAGGAGAUAUUUAGUAUACCUGAUGGAGUACAGAUAUUUUACAUUACACCCGAGGGAUUUGUUAGUGCUCCUUCUUACCCAUCCUCUCUGAAAAUGUUUCGGUUUACAGACCCACCUCCAGCAGAAGAUCAGAAUAGACCCCCAGCAUUUCUGAAAGUAGAUAAUUGGAUGUAUCCUCUGGUUCCAGGAAUGUCCCCUGCACUGCAUGCUACAAAUGGUUCAUACAUCUUUCCUGAUGUAACUGCAGCCAAUGAAGGAUCUUCAGUUGGCUUGAUGUUGCCCCCUGAUGCAACCCCAAGACAGAGACAACAGUUUGAACAAACUUUGGCAUCAAUGACAGCUUUGCUGGAUCAGACCACACCAACAGCCCCGCCCCUGGAGCAAGAGCCAUCUGCACCACCUAUGCAAAUAGAGCAAGAAGAUACCCACAUAUCUACAAAAGGUGGUGUUACUGUGUCAGAAUCAGAGGUAACUGUAAGGGAGAGAACUGAGGAAGGAACAUCAACCAAGAUAGCAAAAGGCAUCACAAUAGCUUCUCAGUGGAUUUCCUGGGGUCUGGAAAAGGGGUCAGAGAAGGCUGGACACUAUAUAAAACUAGGAUCUGAGAAAUUAAAAGGACACUUAGUCCCUGAACAACCAAAACCAGUUGAUCCAAAGCUGCAGAAAGGAGCUGAGUAUGCCAGGAAGGGAGCUCAUGUUGCUGUGUCUGUCAGCUCUUAUGUGGUGACAAAAUUGGGCCAGGCUACUGUGGCGGUAGCUAAAGAGGUGGCACCACAUAUCCGAAAACAAGGGCAGAAACUCCUUCCAGAAUCUGUCAAAAGCAAGGCAGGUGCCCCUGGCAGUAAUCCUAAAGUCGACAAAGUCAUAGAUGGCACUGUGGAAGUGGCAGCUUCUGGCCUAAAAGGUUUUGGGACAGUUUUUAUGUCACUAGAGGCAGCUGCUAAAGCCCUGGCUAGAAACCUCGCUAACGAGACUGUUACUGUGGUCAAUCAUAAGUAUGGAAGUGAAGCUGCCAAAUUAUCAGAAAAUGCCUUGUAUACAGUAGGAAAUGUUGCCAUGACAGCUUACAAUGUAGACAAUCUUGGUGUGAAGGCCAUCGCAAAACGAGCAGCUAAAGAGACAGGCAAGGAGUUAGUGAAAGACAUUCAUAAGGAAUGGAAAGAUACCAGCAAAAAUUCAACUUACCAAUAUUCCUCAUUAAAAGACCAGCAGGAAAAACAUCCAUAAAUUUACAGCUGUGUAAAUACAUGUACUGUAAUUAUAUCAGUGUUAUUUAUAUUUGGUGUGAGAAGCAUUCGUUUAAACAAACAUGUAGUAUCAGUACAUGUGCUGUAUAGGAAUCCUUGUCAUUAGUUUAAAAUUGAAAACCUUGUCAUCAGAUACUUUUUCUGAGACAAAAAGGGCUUACUUGUAACUGUGAUCUCUCACAAAAGAAGGCUGAAGUAGAACCUACCAAUAAUUUU